AUGACUUCACCGUUCGCAUCGUUGCCGAGCACUCGCUACACGACCCCAGGGGGUCUUUUUUUUUCCCCACCCACCGUGAAGGAGAUUCAACAAAUUUGUAAGGCUCAGCGAGAAGGGCUACAUCUGACGCAGGUCAUGCUCGGCGACAUCACGGGGCUCAAGCGAGACCCCAUCAAAAAGUUGGAAACUGGGCGGUACAAGGAGGCAGUCGCGCAAGCGUUUUGGAAGGUGAUCAAGCGGGCCAUGGACAAUUAUCAACCCCCACCACGGGAGUACAGCGCCGAGGUGCGCGCGACCAUCGAGACGGCAGACAUCGUCAUCGAAGUCCUGGACGCGAGGGACCCGCUCGGCAGCCGGUCAAAGGUCAUGGAACAAAAGGUGAUUAACGCCGGCAAGCCCCUCAUACUGAUUGUGAACAAGAUCGACCUCGUGCCAAAGGAGAACGUGCGCGUGUGGCUUGAAUUCCUGCGCGAUUUAUACCCAACCAUCGCCUUCAAGGCCAGCACUCAGGAGCAGAACAGCAAAUUGGGUCCUUUCGGCGGAUCCAAGCCCUCCAACUCGUCGUCAGCCAAGUGCAUCGGCGCCGAUUCGAUCUUCAAGCUGCUCGGGAACUACUGCCGCAACAAGGACAUCAAGACGAGCAUCCGCGUCGGCCGUGUCGGCUUUCCCAACGUCGGCAAGAGCUCGGUCAUCAACUCGUUGAUGGAAAAACGCGCGUGCAGCGUCGGUGCCAAGCCCGGCGUCACAAAACAAGUCCAAGAAGUCGAGCUCGACAAGAACAUCCGCCUGCUCGAUUCGCCGGGUUUAGUUUUCCUCCCGAAGUUAGAGCUGGACACGCAUGAGGUGGCGCUGCGGAAAGCGAUUCAGGUCGAGAAGUUUUCGGACCCGGUUGUCGCAGUGGGCGCCAUCCUGCGCAGAUGCUCAAAGGAGACGCUGAUGCUCCACUACACGGACGACGAGUUCGACUCGUGCGACAAGUUCCUGGCACUCGUCGCACGCAAGCUGAAGAAGGGUGGCGUUGCUGAUGUCGACGCGGCUGCGCGACACGUACUUCAAGACUGGAAACGCGGCCGCCUCCGCUACUACACGCAACCCCCCAAGCAGCCCGCCUUGCAUGAAACGAGCGGUGCCGCCGAGAUUGUGCAGCAGUUCAGCAAGGAAUUCGACAUGGCCUCGCUGGACCCGGACAUCGCCAAGCUCAUCGACGCGCUUCCCAUGGAGACGUCCAGCGAUGUGGCGACGGCGGUCGACGGCGGUCCCCAACUCAAGCGCGGCGAGCAGCAGCAGCCCGACCAGCCGGUCAAGAAGCCGAAGCUGGAUAUGAAGGAUCACGGGGAAAAUUUCACUUUACGU